AUGUCUCGCAAUUAUGAGGCUGCUAUCGCAGCUCUUAAUUCGCUGCAAUCGAACUUUGCGACCGUCAAACUCCUGAAUGUGCCAGAGACGAGGAAGGCUAUGAACCUACAGUCCCUUCCCGAGACAAUCGAAUGGUUUCGACGCAUAGGAUAUCAGCCUUCGGAUUUGAAUCGUCUGAAUCCUGUCCACGUUGCCGGAACCAAAGGCAAGGGGUCUACGUCGGCAUUUAUCGCCUCCAUCCUCUCUCAGUACACAGGGUCGCAGUCGUCUGGACCAGAGGCAUCCCCGCGAGUGCAAAAAGUCGGCCUGUAUACUUCCCCCCAUUUGCGCUUCGCCAGAGAGCGCAUCCAGAUUGACAACGAGCCGAUUUCCGAAGAGAAGUUCGCCCGGUACUUUUUCGAGGUAUGGGACCGACUUGAGGCGGCCGCUCAAGCUGCCGGUGAAGAUCCUACCAGCUCGCCAACUAAGCCUCAAUAUUUCCGAUACCUCACUCUCAUGGCGUUCCACGCGUACUUGAGCGAGGGCGUCAAUGCCGCGGUAAUUGAGUGUGGAAUCGGCGGAGAGUAUGACUGUACCAACAUUAUCGAGUGCCCGGCUGCGUCUGCAAUCACUAGCUUGGGCAUCGAUCACACGAAUAUGCUUGGGAACACGAUCGAGGAGAUUGCCUGGCAUAAAGGUGGUAUCAUCAAGCCAGGGACAAAGACGUUUAGCACCCCUCAACUGGCCAGCGCGGAGAAGGUUCUUUUUGACCGUGCAGCCGAAAAAGGGACGCAACUGGAAAUCGUAGCGAACCACCCCGAACUCACCAGCAGCGGCGGCGUAAAGCUUGGCUUGGCGGGUGACUUCCAAUACACAAAUGCAGCACUGGCUGCUGCAACAGCUGCAGAAUUCCUGAAUAAGGUCGGAAUCGAAGACGUCACCCAGGAUUAUCUGCAAAAGCCUCUGCCAGCCAAGAUCCGCAAGGGAUUGGAAUUGGCUCGAUUAGGAGGACGAUGCGAGACCAGACAUGAGAAGAACAUUUCUUGGUACGUUGACGGGGGUCAUACACUUGAGAGUAUCAAGCUGGCUGGCCAAUGGUUUGCCUCCCAGAUUCAGGUCAACUCCUCGUCGGCCGAUGCGGCGAACAAGAAAUUGCGGGUUUUGAUCUUCAACCAGCAGACCCGCGACAGCAAUGCCCUUGCUCAGGCGCUACACGACACUCUGGUCGGGCCACUUGGGUCGGAGCAGCCAUUUACGCACGCCAUCUUCUGCACCAACGUCACAUACAAGGAUGCGGGAUACCGACCCGAUCUUGUCAGCAUGAACACCAAUGCGUCGGAUGUGGACAAGCUGGAGGUUCAAAGGAGCCUGGCGGAGAAGUGGAGUGCCAUCGAUCCCCAGGCAGAGGUCAAAGUCUACGGCACCAUCGAAGAGGCCGUGGACUUUACCCGACAGCUGGCCGCGCAGGAAAAGGGUCGUGUCGGCAGCGACGAGGCACCUGUGAUGACCUUUGUCACCGGCAGUUUGCACCUGGUCGGUGGUUUCCUCGACGUGAUUGAAACCAAACCCAGCCAGUAUUAA